GUCAAGAUCGAAAAAGGAGAUAAAUACCAGCUGCUUUAUCCAUUGCAAUUCCCAGAGAUUAUCCAUUCACCUCGGUCUUUGAACAAAAUUUCCCAUCUUUAAAUCGCCACCCUUAUCAAAUUCCACUUCGAAUUCCCGGAAAUUUUGCCCAAAAUCCAUCAUGAUGGGCCACCAAAAUCACCACCAGGAUCACCAAUCCAAGGUUUUCUACGAGCUCUCCGCUCUCGUUUUGAACAUCAUUCGCUCGCCGCCGACCGCCGCCGACCCCCGGCGGAGGUGGGACCCCCUCUCCUUCCAGAACAUGACGCCCGCCGGGUUCGCCUCCCUGCUCCUCGGCAUCUCGCUCUCGCUCAUGCUCUGCGGAUCGGUCACGUUUUUCUUAGGUUUUAUGUUGAUGCCUUGGGUUCUUGGAUUGGUUGUCUUCUUGUAUUUUGUGGGGAUUGUUUCCAGCAUUUCGAUGAUUGGGAGAGCCAUUCUCUGUCAUAAUCCCGCCCCUCCUUCGCCCACCAAGGAGAUUCCUUCGUGGAAGGUGUUGUGAUAGGUCGGUUGUAGCCAUGGCGGUGGAGUUUGCAGCGCCAUCGUUGUGAGCUUGCCCGUUGCGGGACUGUGGAUACAUCUCCUUGAAUGAUACUUUUUGUUGAUUUGGAGUUACAGCAAAUUCUCUAUCAAGUUGAAGGGAAACCACUUUCACCAUUUGAAGAUGAGACAUUCAUUUUAGCUGUGUUUUUUUCUGCUUAGGUGGAAACAACAGCACUCUAUAUUUAUUUCUCCAUAUGUUGUAGUAUCUCUUGAGAGGGAUUGAUUUUUGAGCUUGUUGUGUGUAUAUUAUUAUAGACUGUGUAAUGAAUUCUUCUCUCUUUGAAAUGUAUUCUGUCUUCUUUUUUUUUGGUCA